AUGUCAAGAGACAGGAUCUCGCGAAUCUUCAACUUCCUUGCUCUCUUGUUCUUCGCAGCCGCUCAGGCGACCACAUCCUCCUCAUCGGGCCUGCCUUACACCGUGGGCAAUGUCACCCUUGCCGAUGGUAUUGAUGUCUUCUAUCGCGAAGCCGGCCCCCGCGACGGAACCACACUCCUGCUCUUGCACGGCUUCCCUUCCUCGUCCCAUCAGUUCCGAAACUUCAUCCCCAUCCUGGCAGGACAUGGCUACCAUGUCAUCGCACCCGACUACCCCGGCUUCGGAUUCACCACGGUGCCCUCCUCGCUGAACUUCACGUACAGCUUCACGACGCUCACAGACACGGUCGCGGCCUUCCUCGACGCCAAGAACAUCACCUCCUUCAUCCCCUACAUGCACGACUAUGGCGGGCCCGUGGGCUACCGCCUGGCCGUCCAGCGACCGCAGUCCAUCCUCGCUUUGAUCUCACAGAACGCGAACGCCUACCUCGAGGGGUUCGGUCAGUCCUUCUGGCCGCCGGUCGUCUAUCCGCUCUGGAACGCCACCACGCCGGCCGAGUUCCAGACGGCCGCCGAUCCCAUCAACAGCACGGUCCUCAGCCUCCCGGGCAUCCAAUCGCAGUAUACGACAGGCAGCGCCAAGCCCUGGCUGAUCGAGCCCGAGGCGUACUGGCUAGACUACUCGCUGAUCAACCAACAACCGGGCAACCGAGAUAUUCAGAUCGACCUGCUGACGGACUAUCGCUCAAACGUCCCGCUCUACCCGUCAUGGCAGGCCUAUUUCAGGCAGAAGCAGCCCAAACUGCUGGCCGCCUGGGGGAAGAACGAUGUCAUCUUUGUCCCGCCAGGGGCGCAAGCUUACAAGAGAGACCUCCCCAACGCCGAGGUCGUGCUGUUGGACGCCGGUCACUUUCUGCUGGAGACGAAUUUGGCACAGCAGGCGAGCAUUGUGUUGGCCUUCCUGAAGAAGAACGGCCUGUGA